UAUAAUAAUCCCUUGAAGUCGUCAAAACUCUCUCGUCCAAACUUGUCCAUUCUUUUUCCUCCAAAGCCUCUCUUCCACAAUUAACCAAAACGUACAUCCUUCACUGAUCCUCUACCUUGUUAAUUUCCCUUAAUCCAUCAUCCUUCACAUGAUUUAACAAUUUCCCAUCGUUAACUCCAUCAUAUCUUUCAGAAACCUUGCACCAUGGCAUCUCCUGGCCAUAAUCUCCUCAUAUUACUUCUUUUCUUCAUGUCCUUUCCAUGUUCAAAGUCCAGACUCUCCGUCGACUACUACAACAAAACAUGCCCACAAUUCGCUUCUAUCAUGGAACAGAUCGUCUCGGACAAGCAAAUUGCUAGCCCCACCACUGCUGCCGGCGUUCUUCGCCUCUUCUUCCACGACUGCAUGGUGGAAGGCUGUGAUGGCUCCUUGCUCAUCACCUCCACAUCCUUCAACAAAGCUGAACGUGAUGCUGACAUCGACCAGUCCAUCCCUGGAGAUGCCUAUGACCUUGUCACUCGUGCGAAGACUGCCCUUGAGCUCCAGUGCCCCGGCAUUGUCUCUUGUGCUGACAUUCUAGCCACCGCUGCACGCAACCUUGUCACAAUGGUGGGAGGUCCUUACUACCAUGUGCGUCUAGGACGCAAAGAUGGCCUGGUAUCCAACGCCUCUCUUGUCCAAGGCAAUAUUGCUCAACCAACAAUGCCAUUGUCAGAUAUCAUCUCCCUUUUUUAUUCCAAAGGGUUUUCAGUGCAAGAAAUGGUGGCUUUGGUCGGCGCUCAUACGAUAGGGUUUUCCCAUUGCAAAGAAUUUAGUAACAGGCUUUUUAACUUCAGCAAGACUUCAGAGACUGACCCUGCAUACAACCCCAAAUAUGCAGAAGGGCUAAGGAAAUUGUGCGCAAAUUACACGAAGGACCCAACUAUGAGUGCUUAUAAUGACGUGAUGACACCAGGGAAAUUUGACAAUAUGUACUAUAAAAAUCUGCAGAGGGGGUUAGGGUUGCUGUCAACAGAUCAAGCCCUUUCUGUGGAUAGGAGGACCAAGCCCUUCGUAGACUUGUAUGCUGCAAAUGAGACUGCAUUCUUUGAAGCUUUUGCACAUGGAAUGGAGAAAGUUAGCAUUUAUAAGAUCAAGACAGGGAAGAAGGGAGAGGUGAGGCAUAGGUGCGACCAGUUCAACGCUGCCUAGAUUAAUUAGAAAUGGUGUAAUCAUUUGCAGCUUUAGUUGGAAGAGACGGGUCCAUGAUUGUGAUUAGGGAAGUCUUACUGUUGUUUCUAUUAUUUCUCUUGGGCGAAACAGAUGCAUCCUUCAACAUAAUAUACAACAAGCACGCACACUUGAUGAAUGAUAAUACACUUCCAAAGCAGCACUGUUUGUGAUCCGUAUAUUACGAAUGCAGAAGCUGACAUAUCCAAGAUGUACGUACUAGUAACCUUCAAGGCAUCAUCAAAGCAAGGAGGGGGAAAAGUUUUCACUGUCCAUAUAUUUGGUACAAAAUAAUGUAAUGUAAGAUAGUGUGAUUAAGAAUCAUCUAAUGGAGUUAAGAAUUUAAUGUGAUCA